AUGCGGUGGUUUGAUACGGAGCACAAAAUGCACAUACUGCAGAUAAUCCUGAUGACAGAGAUUUUGAUGAUGCAUUACUCAGCAUUAACACCCGUUGUGUGUCCGAAGGAAUGCUCAUGUGGAAGUAUUUUUGGAUUGAAACCUUACGUCAAAUGUGAUCAUGUUCAGGCAGAAUAUGUUUACAAGGUUAUAGCAGAAAUACCACAGAAUACUGAGGAAAUGCAAAUCAUUGAAGAACUGUUCCAUUCUGAAUCUCAGGGAAGCUUUACAGCCGUUUUUAUUUGUCAGCAAAAAGAAGAUAUACUCAAUUUCCGUUACUUUCAACGAUAUCACGAUUGUCCAGGAAGACACAUUUCAGAGUCUGGUGAUGCUACAGCAGCUGUAAGUAGAGUCUUAGACCUUUGUCAUAAUAAAAUUCAAAAUAUUGAUGAGAGAGCGUUCACCGACGCUUGGAAACUUCGGAUUUUAAAACUGUGUCACAACAAACUAAAACAGCUAAAGAAGAACUUAUUUUUGUCAAACGUUGAACUAGUUUCCUUGUACCUAGAAAAUAAUUUUUUCGAGAAUAUUCCGAUCGUCUCCUUAAAAGUUCUAAAGAAUUUAAAACUCUUAGAUCUAAGUGCUAACAAUAUUCAAUUUAUUCCUUCUCUCAGUGCCUUAUCCUCAAUAAAAUUCUUAUACCUGUCCAAUAAUAAAAUCCGAACAAUUGCGAGCAAUGCCUUUGAUGGUCUGCAGCAUCUUUCAAUGUUGCUGUUGUCAGGGAAUAAAAUCAACAAUCUGCCGGAAGAAAUGUCAAUUCAGUUUCAUUUGAUGGACUUGGGUCAAAUAAUUUUGCAUGACAAUCCGCUAACAUGUAGCUGCCAAAAUUGGUGGUUAAUAUCGUGGCAAAAGAAAAGGUGCAAAUUGCAUAACAACACAAAGGAAUGUGCUCUGAUGUGCUUUCAGAAUGGAACCAGUCUUUUAAUGGAGAAUUUUGAUCUGAAUAACUUAAUUUGUGGUAUGUUUUAA